AUGACCCAAACCGCCCUUUUACCACGUGAAUCCGGUGAAUAUAUUGUAAAGAAUGCCAAAUAUAUACGAGUGGUGGACAGUGGAAUUGAGAAACUGACACAGGAGAUUAUCAAAGGCAUACAGGACAAAGUGAUUGAUGUCAAUAAUUUCUCACAACACGAUUUGCAUCCAAAGCCCACAGAUGCACAUGCCGUCGAGUGGAUAUUUGUGGUGGAUACCUUGAACUUUUGUUUUUGGACACCAACCGAUUACACGAAAUACAAAGUAGAUGGUUAUACCGGCUACUUUGCUCUAUGUGCUGCCAUUAAUCGUGCCAUGAAAGAUGGUCUGGACAUAACCAAUCCUGAAUAUUAUAGUAAAAUCGAUUUGGAAACUGUAAAGAGUAUCUUUCGUUCAGAUGAUGGCCAGACAAUGGUCCCUCUGCUGGAACAACGUCUGAAAUGUUUUCAUGAAGUGGGUCAGCGUUUGCUGGAAAAAUGGCAGGGGAAAUUUAAAAAUGUUAUACAGGCGGCAAAUGGCUCUGCAUUGGAACUUUUAAAAGUAGUAGUACAAGAAUUUCCUUGCUUCAGGGAUGAAGCUGAUUUUGCCGGCAAACGAGUAUCGUUGUAUAAAAGAGCACAAAUCCUAGUUGGUGAUGUAUGGGCAUGUUUCCGUGGUGAAGGUCUUGGCGCAUUCCGCGAUUUAUAUCAUAUAACAAUGUUUGCCGAUUAUAGAGUACCACAGGUGUUGGUACAUUUCGGUUCAUUGGAAUACACCGACGAAUUAAUGGAGAUUUUAAAAUCGGAUAAAAUCUUAGAAAAUGGGGAUCCCAUGGAAGUGGAAAUACGUGGUGCCUCCAUACAUAUUGUGGAAAAAGUUAAAGAUCGUGUAUUGGAGGAAUUGGCGCAGAAGUAUCCUGAAAUAUCUAAGGAUAAUGUUAAUUCCAUAUUAAUUGAUCACUUUUUGUGGGACUAUCGUCGACGCUAUGCCAAAGAAUUAGAAUAUAUACCAUUCCAUAAAGUAUUAAGUGUUUAUUAUUGA